GCUGAGCAGAGCUCGGCGCUCAACGGACCAAUCAUUGAGCGAGGAUCGGAAAACGUCAUCUAAUUUAUUAAUUACUGACAAAUAUUCACAAUUGGAGUCGGUGUCAUUGAGGACCGAUUGACUGUGUUAUUUACUCGCAGAUGAAACAUGGAGAAGCCUAGACAUCGGUGCAGUGUGUGCGACAAGACUUUCACUGAAAAGUCCAACCUGACGAGGCAUCUGAAGAUCCAUGCCGUCGUCAGGGAGACCUUUGACUGUGAUGUCUGCAAGAAGACCUUGACCACCAAAUCAUUGCUGGUCAGCCAUCAACAGCAACACAAGUACCCCAACAUCGUUUUGUACCGGCAAGGAGAGGCCAGGCUGCAGUGUACAGAGGCAGCAAAGUCUGUGGCAGAGGCCCCCAGCACCGUUGUUGACCCUACAUGGCUGGAUCGCAAGACAGCAGAGGCGGCUGCCAAGAGGUCCGGGGGUGAGCUGUGGAAAGGUCAGCUGGUCAUUGUGUGUGGGAAGUAUGCCGGUCAGACCUUUAGGUGGCUUCUAGAAAACGAUGUUGGCUGGCUGGUGUGGUUGCUGUUCCAGUACUGCCAGCAGGGAGAGCAGAACGAGCUGCUGAAGUGGCAGAAGGAACGACUGCUCGAGUAUGCCAGAGAGUUCCCUCCUGUCACAUGGCACCUUGACAGGAGGUUGAAGAAAGACCGGGCUCCUCUGACUGUCCCUGACCUCUCUCAGCAGGACCCCAACUACACCAGCGAUGCUGAGUUGUUGGCUGCUGCAGAGACUGUCCUGGACGAGUCCGAGGCGUCGGUCAGCACGCAGCUGACCACCUGGGGAGACCUCGCCAGUUAUGUGUGCCAGGAUGACAGGCCCGGACCCUCGUCUCUCCGAGAGACCUCGGAACCCGGUGGCGUCGUGCUGGAGGGCUGGCAGAAGUUCUGGGAGCAGCCGCCUGAAUCCACCAAAGCCCUUGGUAUAGCCCCCGCGAACAUCAAGUUCAAAUUUCAGGGGAGAGAUCGCCGAGAGGAAGAUCUUUAA